AUGGAAGGGCAAAAAGUACAAGGCUCUUGCUCGCAGCUUGACGCAGCAGAGCGGGAUCCCGACCGCGAUAGUGAGCCCAUUGAUCCUGAGAACGAGGGAGGAACAAGGUCCUUCAAAGCUCAGGAUCUCGAGGAGUGGAUUGUAAGGCUUCGGUUCACGCAAGAUGGAGAACGCCGAGAAGGGAACGGCUUCUAUGUCAACAUGCCGCAUCCCACACAUCAUGUCAUCUUGACUGCUGGCCAUAACAUCAACGAUGUGAAGCUGGACGACCUAGAGAUAUGCUCAGAAUCCCCAACAAGCCCAUCUUUCAAGGCUUCCGCACUUUACGUCUCUGCCGCAUACGUAGCGAAUAAGCAAGAAGUUGACGAUUACGGCGUCAUACUAGUGAAGAAGGAUCCAACUCGUCCUUAUCGGGGCUUUGGUUUUGCUCUGAAGCGCGGCCACGAUGACCUUACUCACAACGGACUCGUCGUUUAUGGCCUGACGGAGUCUGCAAACAGCUACAAGCUGACUGCAAGUUAUGGCACAUGCGUGGACUGCAUGCCUGACCAACUUGAAUAUGCACUUAGCACAGGAAAAGGGUUCAGCGGCUCGCCCGUGAUUAUGCCAUACAAAGACAACGAAACUGCGGUCGCUAUUCACAACUAUGGUCACAACUCCAACGAUGCACCCCGGGGCACUCGAAUCAAUGAAAAGGUCAUCGUCGAGAUCUGCAGCUGGCUCAGCAUUGGGUUCUUCAACAAGGCGAUUCAGGCUUCCAUUACGAACAACAUUCCAUUGGACCAGCGCCUAUAUCUUGUCUUUAUUCCAGAUAGUGAUCACGCGGUGGUGAGACUCGGCUAUGACAAGGAGCAUGUCACAAGAUUCGACAUUCUACCUGCCUACGCGCCGUCUUCAAAUUCCGACUUUCCCAACGACUUUCGCCAUGUCUUCCGCCUCAGUCCGAAACCUAACUCACUUACAAAAGAACAGCCUCUAAAAGAAAGGCCUCCAAAUGAACCACCUCUCCAGGAACAACCUCUGAAAGAACCAUCUCUGAAAGAACGACCUUUGGAAGAACGACCUCUGGAAGAACGCUGGGUGCUCUGGAAUGCCGAUAGACACAUGGUCAGCUUGACGAGCAAUCUGAGGACUUUCUGUGCCGCAACUCUCCUCGAGCAUAAGGCACCGAAACCGGGUCCGACUCAGAAGAAAGCCGAUUCAAAGUUCUACUAUAUUCAUCUCGAGAUGACCAACCAUCAUGGAGAGUCAACUGAACUCAGGGAACUUCGAUUGAGCGCCGCCGAUCUUACGGCAAGGGAUCUUUCCAUGAAAACCUUUGAGACGCCCGAGGUCUCUUUUGCGAGACACAAGCGAGGGAAAUAUCUGUUUGGGAAGAUUCCCAGUAAGCCAGGAGCUCCGAGUAAGCCGGCGUCGGAAAGAGAGGAGCUUCAUUUCAACCUCUUUCGCCUCUUCUCUGGAUGA